AUGGGAGCGUCGCUGGACACCCCCGCGAUGUGCCCGCUCUGCAACGUGCCGACCCGGGACCCCGUCACCCUGAAGUGCAACCACCGGUUCUGCCAGCGGUGCAUCGGGGACUUGUGGAGCGUCACGCCGACGGGGCCGUACCACUGCCCGGAGUGGAGGUGUAAGACUGUGUACCAGACUCUGCCGUUUGACAACAACCGCAUCCGGCCGCCUACUCCUAGUCGACGGACGCAGCCUCGCAGCUCCGCAGGCACAUCCAGUAAUGAUGAACAAACUACAUUUGACUCGACACUGAGGAGGCCCUCACUGACCAGUCGGCUACUCGGGAAGAGGAAGGCCAGCACGCCUGUACCUGAGCAACCUGACACAAAGCGGGCAACUGUGGAGUCUCGCGCUAAUCGCUCCAUUGACGCAGAGACUCCCACCACUUCCUUGUCAGACAAACCUGGGCGGUCGACAGAUGCCGACACCUCUAACAAAGCAGUGCACCCAGAAUCUACACAGUGUGAGCGUGGUGAUGGUGCGUCUUCCAGUGAGAAAUCUGACAGCAAGGCAGGACCUGCAAGCGAUGGGCCACAAGACAUCCCGGUUCAGCAGAACGAGCAUAAAUCAAAAGAAGUCGUCCUGUUGGAUGAAUCCGACAGCUCCGAUGAGGUAGAUUUGUGUGAUUCACCUCCUCUUGCAACCGCCAAAGAAGACACACCAGUGACAGGAAUUCCUGUAUUGCCAAGGAAACUUGUCUCAUCUGCCAGCUCUGAUCCCUCUCCUGGGGUCUCAGUUCCAAAACAAAAUGCAUCUCCUGUGCGUCAUGUCAGCAAGGCAACUUUGAUAUUGAAUAAAAGUCCUGUAGCUGCUUCAGGAUCCCCAAGUCGUGUUGGCAUCGUCUCCAGGCCAGAGAACACAAAUAGCGGCCCUGUGCCUUGUCAUUAUUGCCCUAAAACUGGCUAUCAGCCUGCGGUGAAGACCUGCCUGGUGUGUGGAGCCUCCAUGUGCACAGAGCACCUGCGCCCUCACUUGGACUCCCCUGUCUUCCAGAAUCACACCCUGGUUGCUCCUGUGGAGGACAUUUCUCUCUGGAGGUGCCAGGAGCACCAGGAGAUAAACCGGAUCUACUGCCGGCAGUGUGGAGUGUGUGUGUGCACUGUGUGUACCGUCAUCGGCGCCCACCGUGACCACGUCUGCAUUGGCAUCAGGGAGGCUGAGAGGGAGCUCAGGGGGAACCUGAAAGAAGAGAUCAAACAACUACAAGAAGCUGAACAGCAAGUGAAGAACAGAGUGAACGAGCUCACACAGAAGAAAGAGACGUUUACAGUGGUUUUAAAUGAUGCACGAAGCGGGGUGAAGCAGCAGUACGCAGCCAUCAGAGAGGCCUUGGGCCACGAGGAGCAGUCAACUCUUCAGUGUGUGACGAAGGAGGAGAACAGGGUUCUGGGGGGACUAGAGGAGAAACUCGGCCACCUCAGGAGCUCCCUGCAGUCCAUCCAACAAGGCCUCCACACGCUGGAGGGCCUGGCUGAUGCCAAGGGAGACAAACGCAUUCAGGACCAGGCCUUCAUCAUGGAAUACAGCAAGAUUGGCCAAAUUGACACGAGGAGCUGUGUGGAGCAGUUUGAGGCUCCAGAGGAAGUGGAUCGAGCUCGACUGCGAUGCCUGCAGCGGUGGACGGAGAAACGGCUGGACAACGUUGUCGUCACCAUGCCUGGCACAGACAGAGACCUCUACCGGCUGCUCUAUGGCAUCAUCCCCUCUUUGGAUGAAGAUACAGCCCAUCCGAAGCUGCAGGUGUCCGACAGUAACAGGAGGGUGACCUACAGCGAGACCCAGCAGGCCUACACCGAGCACGAGGCUCGCUUCAGCUCUUUCCCUCAGAUCCUAGCCUCCUGUGGCCUGGAGGGGGGCCGCUGGUACUGGGAGGCGAGCGUGUCGGUGGACGACGGUCGCUGGAAGGUGGGGCUGUGUGAGGGUCAGAUAGAGAGGAAAGGCCAGAAGGACAGCUCUCGUCUGGGUUUCAACAGCUACUCCUGGUGCCUGGCCUGUGACAAAAAGAAGGUGGAAGCUCUGCACAAUAAGGCCACGUUUCCUGUGGAUGCAGAUGGGCUGCAGAGAGUAGGAGUGUACCUCGACUUUGAAGAAGGUAUUUUAUCAUUCUUUAAUGUGACACCAGAGGGCAGUCUAGCUUUAAUGCAUUCUUUCAAGCACAGGUUUACUGAGCCUCUGUACCCGGCCUUGUCUGUGUCUAAGACACAGCUGGCCGUCUGCGAUCUGUUCCAGUCGUAAACCGAACAACAGUUACAUGUUAAGUCUUAUGAACAUUUACAGAAGGAGCGAGAGCAUAGUGCCUUUUGUUCUUUAAAAUAUACCAGUGCAUAAUUUACUCAGAUAUUAUAGUUCAGUCUUGCAUUGUAUUUAACACUAUACUCAGGCAAAAAUCUUUGAAUGUGAUUUUUUUUUUUCAUUAUUUGAUAAUACUGGGAUCACAAAGCUAGAAAUGCAGUUCACUGUUGAGUAUUAUGUUACAAAUACUGGUCGCUUAUUGUCGAUAUAAAGACCUGAAUUUUUAAGUGUUUUUAGUUUGAAUUUGUCAUUGACGAGACGAGCGGGUUUUUAAAUGUGAAGCAAGUUAAAAGUGCUGAUCAACGCAAAAGUAACUUGGAUAACAUUUUAGAUUUGUGCUUAAAGUGUUUUUUUGGCUUUUUUAAAAAAUGUCUUAUCAUCUCGUCGCUCCUGUGGCGAAUCUUUGUCUUUCUACUGAAAUAAAAUGUCAGCUUCAAAAGCAAAGUA